AUGCAUAUUCCAACUGGUACUUUCGUUGCGGCCCUCCUGGCCGCUGCCGCCCAGGACGUCGCUGCCAUUCCCCAGCGGGACAACAACGGGAACGCCGGAGCGGUCAACGGCAAUGACAGUACUUUUAGCAUACAAACUGUUGGCAACAACGCACCCGCAGCCACUCCGAUCCCUCCAGAGGUUCUUGCGGCUCAACAAGCCAGCGCGGCUGCUGCUGCAUCCGCUGCCGCUGCUGCCAACUCGGCCGCAGCAGCAUCCGGCUUGAGACAACCCCCUGGCUUGCAGGCCAACGAAUCUCCAGUCCUACUCCAACCGUUGCCAGCGCUGGCAAACGGGGAUGCCAUCGCUCCCUCGGCCGUCGUGGAAACCUCGGCGGCAGUUUCUGUAAUCGCGAGUCAGGGGGGAGCUCAACCGGUUGUGACUGCAACUCUGGCUCCGGCAGGGGGGCUGAGGCAGCCUCCGGGCCUCGGCGAGGGCGCUGCCGCGUCUCCACUGCCGCUCCCCAGUUCUCUGACCCUUACAACUUCGACUCCUCAAGCUGCCACAUCUGAAGCCGCGCAAGUGUCUGCAUCCUUUACGCGAAUCGUGAGCGGGACAACUUCAGCAGCUGUCGGGGAUACCUCCACAGCAGCGGCAGUAUCUGGAGCCACGACUGCUGUAGCGGCGAUAUCAUCUGCCCUCGGGGGUAUCGCAUUCUUCACGCCCAUCACCGGCCAAACAACUGCAGAAGCAGCCGCUGAGACAACCGCCGCAGUUGCCGCGUCAGACAGCACCACCCUCGCCAUCGGCGACUCAAGCUCGACCACCUUGGCCGCGCUCAGCUCCCUCACUCAUAUCGCCGGGGCCGCCUCCACCAUCACCACGUCCUCAAGCACCGGCCACUCCUCCUUCGUCGCUCCAGCCCAAGGCUAUCUCUUCGCAAACGCCACCGCCGGCCUCAGUACCUCAGGCGCCGCCCACCCAACAGGCGGCCGCGCCCCGCUCCCCCACCACGGCGGCAGUAACAGCACUACCGGCCAUAACCCGGCCUCGCCCAGCCUGCAGCCCUUACCGGGAAGCGGUAACGACAGGGCCGAAGAAAGCGGCUCACUCCUGGAGACGGCCACGGCCACGGCCACGGGCCUGGAUGAUGUCCUCAGCACACUGCUGACGGCGACUGCUUCUGCCGGCAGUGGUGGUGGCGGAGCCUCAGCGACGGCGCUGACCACGCUGACGACGGUCAGUAACGGAGUCACGAGGACCUUGAUCACGGCUGUGGCGGCGCAGACCACCGGGUCUGGACUGCUGGGUGUGGGUGCCAAUACCAAUGGGACGGGGAAUGCUGCUGUCCCGGUUGGGUCGGGAGUUGGCGGGAUUGCUGGGCUGAGGAAUGUGGUUUGGGCGGCUGUUGUGGCGGGGUUGGCUGGUGGCUUUGGGGUGUUUAUGUUGUAG